AUGCUACCUAGGGGUCAUGGGAGUUGGAGGCCAGCAACAUCUGAAGGGUGCCAGCAGGAGCAGACCUUGGUAAUAUACUGCCCUGUACAAGGCCAGCAUUUGACCCCCUCUUCAAGCCCUCUUGGCACUGGCUUAAGCCAGGUGAGAAGUGCCCUCCUCAGCUGCUCACCCAGUACUGUGAUAUCGCUUAAAUGUAAAGGCAAAGGACCACUAACAGUUAAGUCCAGUCACAGACGACUCGGGGGUUGCGACGCUCAUCUUGCUUUACAGGCCGAGGGAGCCAGUGUUUGCCCGCAGACAGUUUUUCUGGCUCGUGGCCAGCAUGACGGUGCAACGGAACACCAAAAUCAGAACAGUGCAUGGAAAUGCCAUUUACCUUCCCGCCGGAGCGGUACCUAUUUAUCUACUUACACUUUUUGGCAUGCUUUCGAACUGCUGGGACCGAGCAACGGGAGCUCACCCCAUCACGGGAAUUCGAACCACGACCUUCUGAUUGGCAAGCCCAAGAGGCUCAGUGGUUUAGACCACAGCGUCACCUGCAUCCCUUGCGACAUCGCUUAA